CUCUCUCCAUUAGAUGUAUUUUCUUGAAUAAAGAAAACAAAGCCUCAAAUCAAAUUUCAUUUCUCUGUCUGGUUCUCCCGUUGAAACAAUCCCCGACGUUAAACAUGUCGUUCGACGGGAACGUCAACGGCGGCGGUAACACUGUCGGCGUAACCAGUAAGCAUUUCUUUUGCUACCAAUGCAAUCGUACCGUCAGCGUAACAAUCUCCCCUUCCUCUGACCCUUCUUGUCCCAUAUGCAACGAGGGGUUCCUCGAAGAAUACGAAAACCCUAACCCUAAUCAAGACUCCGCCUUCCAGAGCCCGAAUCCAAACCUAAAUCCAUUCUCCGACCCCUAUUUAUCGUUAUCGGAUCCUUUCUCCACCUUCCUCCCGCUACUUUUCCCUUCCGCGUCUUCUUCCACAACGACGUCUUCAUCGUCCCCUGCUUCUAUGGACCUUCAUAACCCUAGCCUAUUCGGGUCGACCCGGUCAGCCCGAGGCGACCCUUUCGCUUUCGAUCCAUUUGCCUUUAUCCAAAAUCAUCUAAACGAACUCCGUUCAAGCGGCGCCCACAUCGAGUUCGUGAUCCAGAAC